AUGACGUGGCAGCGCCUCGUGGCAGCCGUUGCCGCAGCGCUGCCUGAAUGGUCAGGAUGGACCGACCACGACGGCAACACGGAGGGCGAUCGGCCGCCAACGACCAUGCGCGUCGUUGCUGUUGUCGUCGUUUGUCGGCGUGAUUGGGUGCGACGCUGGCGUCCGACGCAAAUCUCCAAUCGCUGCCAGAUCUGCGCUUUGUUAGGAUCUGAGUCGAUUGAUUGCACCUGGUUUCCUAGUAAUCAGAUCGCGCGGCGCGUGUGGUCAGACGUCAUGGUCAGUCGCUCCUUCCAAGUGCUGCUUCUCGGCCUCUCGCUGCUUGGUGCGCUUCAUGCGGGAUGGAUCUCGGGUGAGUACAGCGUCGGCAACAGUGUGCGCGACUGGACCUUUCGCCUCGCCGUCGACGGGAGCUGCGUUGUCGCGUUGGCCGACGCCGCCGACCGCUGGCGUGUCUACGCGUCGCGGGACGGCGGUCCCAUGUCCAUGAUGCAACGCGCCACCGACGGACGCUGCCUCACGUUCGUCCCGGGCCCGCCAUCGCCCUCGAUCGCGCUGACGCCAUGCUGCGCCAAUUCGACGGCGCAGCAGUGGCACAUGGCCCCGCACGCGCUUCGGAGCGACUGGAUUGCGCAUAGCGGGCUGUGCGUGACCGUGUACAACGAAGGCAGCGGCCACUUUGGGUCGCCCGUGCUCGAGCCCUGUGCCCGCGGCCGGCCCGAACAACAAAUGUACUUUUUCGCUUAA